UUUGUGUCCAUCACACGCACGAGCUUAUUUCACCGUCAGCGAUCACGAUCACGGAGGCGUAGUCACGCACGAGCGCUGUCGGUUUGAGUCACUAGCUUACAGCCGCGUAUCGCUUCACACCGAUAUAAGUCGGAUGAUUUGCAUUUUAAAACAUAUUUAACCAAAAACUUCACUGAAUCUGGAUUUUACGCACUGAACCUUUAUAUGGACUUUGCUCUUUGCAGCAUCCUGCGUGUUUCCCCACUGUAUUUUCUCCGUAGAUAGCAGUUCGUUUUCAGAAGGCGGCGAAAUGGCAACGGACGAGCUGUCAUCGAAGCUGAACCGCAGGCUGCAGAUCGAGGAUGGCGCGCACGAGCCGGUGGCCCUGGACGAGGCUCACGAGAACGGAGCGCACGAGAAAGCGGCCACGGCCAGCGCGGACUCCGAGCUGGGGGCAAUCCUGCAGCGGCGCGGGGAGCUGAACGAGGGAGUCGGUGAACACCAGCAGCCCAGCAUGAAGGUGUUCAACCCCUACACCGAGUUCAAGGAGUUCUCGAGGAAGCAGAUCAAAGACAUGGAGAAGAUGUUCAAACAGUAUGAUUCCGAGAAAGAUAACUUCAUCGAUCUGAUGGAGCUGAAGCUGAUGAUGGAGAAACUCGGUGCCCCUCAGACUCACCUGGGCCUGAAGAACAUGAUCAAAGAAGUAGAUGAGGACUUGGAUGGCAAACUCAGCUUUAGAGAGUUUCUCCUUAUCUUCAGAAAAGCAGCAGCAGGAGAGCUGGCGGAGGACAGUGGGCUUCAUGUCUUGGCACGUUUGUCAGAGAUUGAUGUGUCUACUGAGGGAGUGAAGGGAGCCAAAUCAUUCUUCGAGGCAAAAGUGCAGGCCAUUAAUGAAUCAAACCGGUUUGAGGCGGAAAUCCGCCAGGAGCAGGAAGAUAAGAAGCGCCAGGCGGAGGAGAGGAAACAAAGACAAGCUGCUUUCAAAGAGCUAAAAUCAGCCUUCAAAUAGCCUCAUCCACCUCGGCAGCCUCGAUUUACUCAUCCACUUCUGUCCGUCUGUCUGUUAUCAGAGUCCCCUAAAUCAGAGAUACUAUGCAAGGCUGUGAAAUGCUCCGAGAACCAUGCAGAUUCAUCUUCCUGAGAGAGGGACACUUGUGUAGUUCGUACUCAUGAGUGGAUGUCAGUGUUGAAAUCGUCUGUUUUACCGUUGCCUGGUUCUCUCACGCUCACUCUCAGGCUUAUUUUAAAUGUGAAGCCAGACACUGAUCUCAAUACACUGGAUUGGAUUUGUUCUGUUUCAGUCGCAUGUGUAUAUAUUUACUGUAGUUCAUUCCCCCCAUCAUUGCGUCAGUUUUGUUUUCGCUGGAAUGGCAUUUGGUCUUGUUCUCGUUGAUGAUUCAGUAGAUUAAAAUCUAACAUUUUAAAAGUUAUUUUUAAUCAAUUAGUACUCUCAGUAUGCCAUAUCUAGUCCAUUCAUAUCAGGGGCUAUUGCACUAAUGCAAAACAUCAUUUCCUGUUUAACUAGGAAAUGCUUUUCACUGUACCGUGACUAAUUAUACUUUGAUUGCUGACCAUUUGAACACGAGAGGAUGAGCAUUAGUAUACAACAGACCCCUGCUCUCAUUCACAGAUACGUUAAAUAUUAAGAGCAUUAAAAUAACCUAUAUUUUUACUGAGCAGAGAGAGAGAUGGAGAAGUGGUUUUGGCUGUAUGUGCAUGUGUGGUGAUGAUUGUGUUAGUGUUUGUUGAGUGUUAUUUUUUUUGUAUUUUCUUGCAUGGUCACGGUGUUGUCUUUCCUUCAUGGUUCCCUUUAGUCUUUAAGGUGUCCAGUGUUAAAUGUGGUACAUAUGAGGCAUCAAAUCCACCUCCUCAGCUUUUAUUUAUAAGACUCACCUUUGUGUCUUUCCAAACCUGUGUAACUUUCUUAUUCUUUGGUGUUUCGCAGAAAAGUGAAAUUCAUGCAUGUUUGGAACAACAUGUGGGUGAGUAAAUUAUUUGGGGUGAACUUUCCCUUAAAGAGUUAACUAACUCCGUCAGUGUCUGGAGAGCAUUAUAUUAAUCAAAUUAUGACCAAUAUUACAAGCAUUUGCACAGCAGCCCAUGCUGCAUGAGACAAGGUGAAAGCAAAUGUUUCAUGCAUAGAAAUAAGACAUCAUUUGCUAAUGAAAUAUGCAUGGCUUUUCUGUAGAGCCAGCCCAGAGCAUGUAUUCCAACAUCAAGAUGAGAUUAAUGUCAAUGUGUCUGACUAGGAUCUAAUUUUUAAGUAUUUCGUUUUAAAAAUAGAAUGGGCUUCAUCGUUUACUCUCACAUCUUCUGAAAAAUGAGGGAAUUAAAUCAUCCAAAAGUGUAAUGAAUACAAUGUUUUAUGGUCAUGUGACAUACAGUACACUGUGGCAAAGGUAACAGAUUAUAUGUAUAAAGACAAAUCUAUAUUUUCCUGUGAUGAAAAUUGAAAAUAAUUUUAGUUUUGUAUGGAAAGGGGUCUUGUGGAAAGAAACAUUCUUAUUUUCUCAAUAUGAAAUUUGUUGCUUACAAUCUUGUCUCCCUUCGGUUCUCUGUAUAUCUGAUAUUCCUUUGGUUUUUCCAUUACAAUCGAAUCAGUAAAGGCAAAAUACCUUUUUUUAUAAUGGAGACAAUACUGAUGGCAAUAGCUAUGCUUCACGUUGUUCCUUGUUUUUGUGUUCCGGGUCACUGGUUAACGUACUUGUUUGCGAACUAGUUCUGUGGAAAUUCAAACAAUAGGUGUUUAAAUAUUUGUCUUCCGAUCUUUCCAGCCGUCCACAUCUUCUUAUUUUCUUUUGUUAUCUACUGUUCGAUUUAGAGGUAUUUUAAAUAUUGGCUAAGGGGUGAAUGUUGUAGUGUUAAUGUUAUUGAUUGGUGAAUGAGUCGUUGUCUGAUGACCCCAAUCAAACAACUGUUGUUUUUUUAGAAACCAUAAACCAUUCUGUCAUUUCCUUUUGAGAAAUUUGAACUGUUCUAUUCUCGUCGUGCCAAAUGAUUUCACAUUCUGUACUGUUAAGCUUAUUUUAGUGCAACAUUCCACUUUAAAAUUGUCUGAAAUCCAUCUUUAAUUAAUAUGAGAACAGCUAAUUAGAAUUUAGACUGAAUUUCACUGAUCCAUAAUUUUAAAUUAAAUGAAUGCAUUUAGCAGACGCUUUUAUGCAAAGCGACUUACAGUGCAUUCAGGGUAAAAAUUUUUACCUGACAUGUGUUCCGUGGGAAUUGAACCCACAACCUUGCGCUGCUAACGCAAUGCUCUACCACUUGAGCCAUGUUAAGACUUUUAAAAACGUAUAACUCCUAAUUAAUCGGUAAAACCCCAUUUAUUCUUUUGUUUUUUAUUAUUAAUGUUUGCAUUGAAUAAUUACAUUAGAGCUUUAUCUGUAUUAACUGUAUUAAAAUGCUUCUUCCAAGGCAGAUAAUACAAAAAGCAAAUUUUUAAACAUUCUUCUUUUAUUUUAACUUUUCUGUGAAAUGUUUUGUCAGGAGGAUGAAAAAUGUCAGUGUAGUAAAAUGAUUUAAUCUCAUGGCAUGCUUUAUUGUUUCAUUCAUCAUUCCAGUCAUUUGACAGUGGUUGAGAGGGCCUUGAAUCAUCUAUUUGUACCUUACCGUCGCUGUCUCGUGGUUAUGGUAUCAUACUCUUGUCGGCUUAUGAUAUGUGGCUUCUCUAAUAUGCACAUUUAUUUGAGAUUUUCUUACUAAAAUGUACAAUUAUUCUUAUGACAAUAAAAAUACUUUUCAUUUGGAAA